GAAGGCUAGGAUAAGCAGCACGUGGACAACCGCCUUUCAAAUCUCUUUGAAUCCGAUCUGAGAUCUCUUCCAGGACGUUCAGUCCUCCGACGAACCAUCAAACAUCGAUAUCCUCUUUCCGUGCUUCAGCACGCUGUGCACUCCGACAGUGCUAGCUACUGGCCGGCACUCUCGCCCACGACUAAGCGGCCUCUCACCAGCGACUAAGCAAACCGACGACUAAGCGACUGGCGACUAAGCGACUGAAGAUGUCCUUCUCAAAUCAAGGCGGGGGCACCCUUACGCUGCCCUCUCCUACCCACAUUCACCACGUUGACGUUACCGCAACUGUUCGGUCGCUCCGACGAUCGCUUUCGCGGUCACCCUCUAAGUUCAAAUUGUCGGGCAUUUCCUCGCCCUCUCCAUCGACCAACGCGCAGUUCCCUCAACUCGCAUCCGCAUCAGUACCAGCGACGCCUACAGUUUCGGUGCCUGAGGGCUUCUCGCCCGUUUCUUUCUCGGCACCACCGCUGCCUGCUGUGACUGGUACGCCUUUCAAGCCGAACAUCAAGCUCCCGGUGCGCUCCACAAGGUCGAAACAAGUAAACCGACCCCUCUCCCGGUCUCGAGUUUCGCCCAAGAGUCCUCUCAAGCGCGUUUUUGGCCCUUCGUCCGAUUGUGGCAAUCAAAUCCCUUCAUCCAUCUCAAGCGCUGAAACCCGUGACCAAGAAAACGCGCCUCUGAGCGACUGUCCCAUCGCGUUGAGCCCCGCGUCGCGUCGCAGCCUCGAGCGCCCGUUGCGCCACUCAAUGCACCUCGACAUCUCCGGAUCCACCAAGAACGGUAUUUCCAAAUUUCUCGAGAUGAACAACGAACCUUUUCCCGCGAUUUCCGUCAGCCCGCUCAAGCGGAGCGACGCGGACGACAGCCUAGGCAGCACCAGUUUCGGAAGCCCAGUAGCGAAGCGCCGAAGUCUCCAUGGGAUCGCCAAUUUUGGGAGCGAAACCACGGCUGCUGAAAAGCAGUCGCAUGCGCCGCCCCAAAGCUUCAACCUCCAUGAAGACGUGAACCACGAGUACGAAUUGACGGGGUCUGCCGCUUCGCCGUUCCGGGACUCGCUUGCUUCGCCGACGCCGUCUGCUUUGCCCAAGCGCACCUCAUCGUUGCGCAGAAGCGCACUGCAGCAGCGGUACGGCGAGAAUAGAUCCUCUUUGGGCCGGCGUGCGGGCGAGAAGCAGUUGGCGCAAUUCUCAGCUGAGCCCGCCUCGCCGAGCGCUGGAUCCCGGCCUCGAUUGUCGCUGGAUCAGUACGUCCCACCCGACGAGCGAGAAGUCGCAUCUGCGCAGGAUCAUCUGAUCCAACGUCCGGCAAACCAGCCUCAUCCGUUGUCCCGGACGCUGACGCAAUCCUCAUCGGGCUCGAGCCUCCCUGAUGAGUCUCCAACCCAUGAGCCCAGCGCGCCCAUGAGCAAUAGACGGCGGGCGCUGCUCAACCUCUCAAAAUCACUGCCUCCCGGAGCGCAGCGGCCCGUGAACGUUUCGGAAACGACCGAGACCCCUCAGUAUAAGCAGGCCAAGCCGCUGCAGGCGGCAUUCACCUCGACUGGUCUCGUUUCCAAGAUGUCCCUCAAUCGAGAGGGCGGUCCCCAGCAGCCUGGUGCCAAGGUCCCCAUCAUGCCGGAUACUCCCUGCAAAAAGCAGCCUUAUAACUCGGCUACUUUCCCGCCCGGCAGCGGCAGUGGUGGACGGCGGUCCCGCAUAUCCCUUGGCAGCCCGUCCACUCCUUUCAGCUUUGUGGCAGCACCCGUUCGCGGCAAUCUGUUCGGAACGCAGGACAAGUCCGGCAGCCUGCUCUUUCAAAAGGUCGCCUCGAGCCAUACCAGGAAGGGAAGCAUGCUGAGCCUGGAUGGUGAUGAACUCCCCGGCGUCCUCGAGGAGCUCCCGCCCACCCCAACCAAGAACCUGUUCUUCAAGUCAAUUGCGUCGCAGGUUGAGGGCGCCCAGACCCCCGGCGACUCGCGAUCCUUUGCUGCUCGCGCUCCGCUGUUUCGCUUGGGAACCAACCCGCGAACCUCCCGCGUCGAUCCGGCGUCCGGAAGCCCGCAAGUCGUGUCAAGCACGGACGAGCAAGUUGGCCAGGGCAGCCGGGCAGUCGAUGACAGUGCCCGCCCCUCGACUCCGUUCAGCAGCGACUCACCGUCUCUGGGGUUUUCCUUCACUUCCUUGGCGGGGAGCCACACGCAUCCCGUGCCAUUUACCACACCAGCGCCGGCGAGGACUUCGCCGCUGUUCUUCGCGACGGUUAACGAUGUGCCCGGUCGCUGCGGCGGAACUGACGCCGCUGCUGCUCAGAGCCCGCUGAACAUGGAGAUCGGUUCACCUCACACGCCGCAGGACGCCGCCGAGAGCCCGAUGGCGCUGCCAGACCCGAGUGGUUUGUCGAUAUCCAAACCCCAGGGUUGGAACGCGAAGUCUCUGGGAACCCCGGCGACGCCCAGCAACUCGCAGACCCGUCAGCUCUCCUCCAGCUUUGCCGAUCGCCGAGCCAGCAUCACUCCCCAGAACGGGAAUGGUCCGGGCGACGCCGACGAGUCAUUACUGGCCCGCUUUGACAAAUCGGAGGUUAUCGGCAAGGGUGAAUUCUCUCAGGUGUACCGUGUAGUCAAGUCGGGUGCUCCCGCCUCCAUCAUGACGGCCUUUUCGACCACGCCGCGGACGCCCUCCAGUCCAGUCCAAGACAGAGUGUACGCAGUCAAGAAGCUCCGGAUCCCCUCGCUCAACAUCCGGGGCCGGCAGGCGAAGCUUCAGGAGGUCGCGAUCCUGCAGGCUCUGCGCCACAGCAGCAAGGUCAUUCAGUUCAUUGACAGCUGGGAAAGUGACGGCCAUCUCUACAUUCAAACCGAGUAUUGCGCCGAGGGCAGUCUCGAUGUGUUCUUGCAGACCGUUGGAGGAGCGGGUCGAUUGGAUGAUUUCAGAAUCUGGAAGAUUCUCGGGGAGACGGCUCAGGGAUUGUCGGCGGUCCACCAGGCCGGUUUCGCCCAUCUCGAUAUCAAGCCGGCCAACAUAUUCAUCACGUUCGAUGGUUAUCUCAAGAUUGGCGACUUUGGCCUGGCAACUCCGUUGCCCGCCCCCGAAGGCAUCGAGGGAGAGGGCGAUCGCGAAUACAUCGCCAUGGAGGUCAUGCGUGGGCAGUAUGACAAGCCUGCCGAUAUCUUCGCCCUGGGGCUCAUCGUCGUGGAGAUCGCCUGCAAUGUGGUCAUGCCCGAUAACGGCCCGAUCUGGGUGGCGCUUCGCAAUGGCGACCUGAGCAUGCUCACCCGGCUCACAUGCGGCGAAGCCGGCGCCCUCGUCCGCGAUGCCAACGGCGUCCCCAUCACUCACGACUCGGGCAUAUCUCAAGUUGCAGAAAACUCACCCUUGAAAGCGAUGACGCACGACGCGAGUAACCUCUUCGGCGCGCAAAAGCGAAAGGAGCGGCAGGAGCCGCCCAAUUUCAUGCUGGAUCCCGAGGAUCCUCACUCUCUCGACAACAUGGUGGCCUGGAUGGUGCAGCCAGACCCCGCCAAUCGCCCAACUGCCGAACAAUUGCUGGCAUCGGAGCCGGUAACUUGGGUUCUCAGCCGCCGGACUGCGGGUGCGGCCGUCUUUGAGGGGAAUUGGGGCCCCAAGCCUGACGCCGAGAUGAUCGACGUUUAAGAAGUCCAAGACGACACCCUGGCGAUGUUAGAGCAAUACCUACCUGCUCUCGUCGCUACCAUGCUGGAUCUGCCUGCCGCCACUUGAGGGGCGGUGGGCAUACCAGGAGCAUAUGUCUGAGUAGUAGUGAAGUUGAAUUGGUCGGCUAUC